AUGGCCACUUUCGUUGAAACAAUCAACAUCUUAAGAUUCGAGAUCAUCCCUCGGCUAUCCAUUCGCGAUCAACUCCAUCUUUGUCAAACAAGCAAAGAUCUCCACACCGCAACUGUUUCAGUUCUCUACCGCGACAUCGCCAUAACGCACGACGUCGAAGCGCCAGAUUCCCCGCCACCUGAGCCCAAAGAGUUGAGACGGCUGGAGAGAAUACGCGCGGCUCGCAGAAAGCGACUACCCUGGGGCGUUGGCUUUCUUUUUGCGAUAUUGAGUCGACCCGCGCUGAGGAGUCAUGUUAAGAGCUUGAGAUUUCGAAUUGAGAAUUACGUUCAUGACGAGCAUUUUCGUCACACUGGGAAAUUGAAGCCUUUAAUUUUUCACCCAGUGGAGAAUGAGGAGGCUCGGCAGAUAAUUCUUGAUGGGAUUGAUGAAUUGAGCUUUUCUGAGACGGAAAAGCUGAACGUGGCAUUUGCGGAUCGCGACUUUGAUCUUAUCUUAUCGCUCAUCAUCGCUGCAUGUACCGAAGUCCAGAGUCUUACAAUCGACCUUGGAUACUUUCUAUACAGCCAUAAAUGGCUCCUCGAGCUAUUCAAGAACUCGCUUUCACCUCAAAGCAAAUCAAGCAAUCUCCAGAAUGUCACGUACUUCGAAGUCGCCAAUCCGCGAGGCUGGUUAGGUUACCAGCAACUUCCAAGAGGAAUCCACCCAUCAUCAUUCUAUCUUCCAAACGCAAGAACUCUCUCACUCGAAAGUUUCGCCAGUCAUCGCAAAGGGGAGAACAGCAAACUGGCGGACACAAAUCCUUUCUGGCCUCUUUCGUCUGCACCUCAAGCUACCUUUCUCACUACACUUCAUCUGGAUCACUGCUCGUCAAACACCCAUAACAUCACGGCAAUGCUUGCCCAGACGCCCAAUCUCAAGACUUUGUACUAUGCUUGUUAUCUUCCCGCUUUUGAAUGCGACUUUGACGUUGAUGAGCUGAGGAGAGGACUGGAGCUUGUUCGCCAUUCCUUGACCAAAUUAACGCUCAACUUGACUAUUAUGGAAAGAGGGCUUAUUGAUUUCUCUGGUCGUGAGUGGCCGCUAACUCAUGGCCGCAUUGACGAUUUUCGAGGGUUUCUGUCACUGACGGAUCUUGAAACUCCUCUCACUUUUCUCCAUGGCCAUGCAGCCUCAGAGGAUUGGCAACCAUUAGCCGAUCUUCUACCACCCAAUCUCUUCUCUCUUACCAUCAAAGACGAAUUAAUGAAAGAGUAUUCUACCUUCAAAGAUCUCUACACUAAAAGAGCGAUCCGAGAUAUGAUGCGGACGUUCCUCAGCUACGGCUCCAGAUCAUCUACACCUAGUCUACGCCACGUCUACUUUUAUCGCUACCCCGCCAUCUGGGACUAUGAAGACCUCUCCAAAGGCCCUGAGAAGGAAUACUACAACGAUUGGAAGCCUGUGGAUGACGAUUACGGCAGUCGAUGGGCUUUUGCGGAGAGAUAG